GCCUCGGCCAGCACAUGAGUUGUCAAACAGGUUUGUGUUGUUGCGCUGGUAAACGCUUGUUUCGGACACAUUCAUGCGGGAGGAUCAGCGUCCCGAGUCGGCUUGUGUUCAGCAGAGACCCCCGGAACCCGCGGCUCCGCUCUUCACCGCUCAGGAAGUCCAAAUGUCAGGCUGCUAAAGGUCAGCUGAGGUCACAUCUCUUGGUCAUGGCAGGACGAUGAUCACCUAGCGCUCUACAGGAAGCCACAAAGUGAAAACAGGAAGCUUCAGUCAUGCCAAUGGAGGCGCUCCAACAUCCGUCAAGGCAGCCGCUGAAAGCUGCUGUAGGAGUUUCUCCUCCACGCCUGCGGCCAAAGGGUCCGCUGGGUCCAGACUUCUACAGACGCGUCCAGUCGGGCGCCAGCACCCCGAGGCAGAGCGCCGUGGAGAGACUGGAGGCGGACAAGGCCAAAUAUGUGAAGAGUCAGGUGGCUCUGUCCAAGCAGCAGCCGGUCCGGGCGCCGGAGCUGAAGAAGCCGCUGCUGAACCCCAGCACUCCACUGCGGCCCACCAGGAAGACCCCGGCCCAACCCAGCCCCAAACCGGAGGGGGUCCAGCUGGACCUAGAGCGCCUGAGCAGCCUCAUUAGCGACCUACCCAAUGGACCCCAGUGCGCCGCCAAACCUCCGGCACCGCAGGUGAAGGCGAAGCCGCGGCCGCCUCCGCGCCCUGACUGGCCCAGAGCCGCUACGGUGAGGCUAAAAGCGACCGCCCCUGCCACGGCAGACGGGCCGGUUUGUCCCGGGGCGCCGGCUGCUGGGACAGUACGCAGAGUGGACGUAAUGCCCCAGGCGGGCCAGGUGCGGCCAGGCUCCAGACCGCCGCAGUACGUGCGGCAGCCGCUCCAGCCGGUUCCGCUUCAUCCCCAGUUUCCUCUGCAUCCGACCACGUCCCGCCAGGGGCUCUUAGUCCAGAAAACGAUGGCACCGGUUGCUCCCAAACCCGAACCCUCGGCGCCGGCGUCCCCCGCCAUCACCAGGCUGUCGUCCUCCAGCUCCAGAAAGCGACCCUCUCUGACCCGGUCCAAGUCGGACAUGAGCGACCGGUUCUCCCGGGCCGGCACGGAGCUGGAGCGCUUCUUCAACCUGUGCGGCCUGGAGCCGGUCGACCUGCAGGACCUGCCGGCCUCCAGCUCCGACAUCGUGUCGCUCGCCCGCUUCCGGAGCGUCAGCGCUCCCGGGUCCGAGUGCGGCGCCUCACAGAGAGGCGGCGAAGAAGAGGAGGAGGAAGAGGCCCCCAACCCGGCGGAUCGGGUUCCUUACGGCGUUUCUGUCAUUGAGAGGAACGCCAGAGUGAUCAAGUGGCUGUACGGACUGCGGCAGGCCAAGGAGAACACAACGAAGAGCACAAACCUGUAGCACAAAUCCAUGACGGCGCAUUAGACCAAUGUAGAUAGGAGAAAAAAUCUAAAUUUCACCAAAAAUCUCAUAAGUUUUCUGGAAAAAAAAAUGUUUCUGAGCUCUAAAAGUUGAA